AUGGCUCCAAUUCAGUCACAGGGUGCCGAUGUGGAAGUUUGCCCUGAGGACCCAUCAUUGCGCGAUGAUGGCACCUCCAAAAAGCCAAUAACGGCUGAAGAGGCCAUGGAAAUUGCCAUCGGAGAAAGCAGUACAGUCGAGUAUACAAUCGAUUCGGAUAACUCGCCCUAUUUGGAAGUACGGGCCAAUGUGCCCAAUACCGAUGAUCCUACGCUACCUAUCAACACAUUCCGAAUGUGGUUCCUGGGCGUGGUAUUCACCUUGGUAAGCGCAGUUCUUCAUCAGCUAUCGACUUAUGCUGUCCCUGCUGACCGAGGCGGCUUUGCGCAGAUCGGUACCGGGGUCAACCAAUUCUUCUCGAUGCGUUAUCCGAGUGUGACCAUCACGUCGCUCGUGGCGCAGCUGGUCAGCUACCCUGUAGGGUGCUUUUUCGCAAAGGCACUGCCGAUUAUGAAGAUCCGUCUAUUCAACCGGUGGGAUCUGGUCAUCAAUCCCGAUCACCAUUUCAACAUCAAAGAGCAUGCUGUGAUCACCAUUAUGUCGAAUCUCAGUUUCAACCAGUCAUGGGCGAGUGCCAUCAUCCAAGCACAGAAAGUCUUUCUCAAUAUGCCAACCCCAGUUGGUUAUCAGAUCUUGCUCGCGCUGUCUAUGCAACUGUUUGGCCUUGGCCUGGCUGGACUAUCAUAUCGAUAUAUUAUUGAGCCUCCGCAGAUGAUCUGGCCUUCCACGCUAGCCAAUGCUGCACUGUUUCAGACACUCCAUAGCGGCGCGAACCCGAUUGCUGACGGAUGGAGGAUCUCUCGUUAUCGCUUCUUCUUGUAUGUCUUCAUUGGGAGCUUCUGCUGGUAUUGGCUCCCCGGCUACAUUUUUACCGGGCUGAGCACAUUCGCUUUCAUUUGCUGGGCAGCUCCGAACAACAAAGUACUUAACAAUCUGUUCGGAAUGACGACCGGACUGGGAUAUCUUCCCACCACCUUUGACUGGAGUCAAAUUGCUUACAAUACCUCACCCUUGGUCAUGCCGUUCUGGGCACAGGCAAACGUGUUCGCCGGCUGGUUCUGUGUGUAUGCAGUGAUUGCCCCAAUUCUCUACUACACCAACACAUGGUUCACUGCAUACCUCCCUUUGACCGGAUCUGAUGCGUACGACAAUACUGGCAAAGUCUACAAUUCGAGCCGAAUUCUGGAUGCAAGCGGCGCCAUUGACGAGGCCAAGUAUCGCGAGUACAGUCCGAUCUUUCUACCUGUGACCUUUGCCUUGGCCUAUGGACUCGGUUUUGCUGUCCUCAGCUGUCUCAUCACCCACGUCUUGCUGUACCAUAGCAAGGAUAUCUUUAGCACAUUCAAGGGCGAAAACAAAAAGGAUAUCCAUGCAAGACUGCUUUCCCGCUACCCCGAUGUUCCCUGGUGGUGGUUCGGAAUCCUGACUGUCAUCGUAGUGGCGGUAGCAAUCAUGACUCAGUAUGUCUGGCAUACAGGGCUUCCAUUUUGGGGUCUCUUUAUUACCCUUGCCCUUGCGGCAAUCUAUGUGAUCCCCGUCGGAACCGUGUACGCCGUUGCCAAUCUGAACAGUAAUGUUUUGACCGUGCUGGGAGAGAUAAUCUCGGGUUAUACGCUAAAAGGAAAGCCCCUUGUGCUUCUUAUCUUUAAGUUCUACGCAUACACCGGAUUGAGUCAAGCAAUGUACUAUGGUGCAGACAUGAAGCUCGGAUUGUACAUGAAGAUCCCGCGUCGGACGUUGUUUGUUGCCCAGCUUGUCGCUUGUAUACUCGGAACUCUAACCCAGAAUGGUGUUCUGAUAUGGAUGCUUGGAAACGUGGAAGACGUAUGCUCAAGCGAUCAGCAUGACAACUUUACCUGCCCGCAAGGCCGAGUCAAUUACAACAGUGCAAUUUUCUGGGGUGCGAUUGGGCCAGCGAGACUGUAUAACAUCGGCCAGAGGUACUCUGGUCUUUUGCACAUGUUCUGGAUUGGAGCAUCGCUCCCUAUCAUUACGUACUUUAUUCGGAAGAGAUUCCCAAAGUCACGCUUCAUCGAAGCAAUUCACUGGCCGAUUUUCUUUGCAGGCACUGGAAAUCUACCACCAGCGACCGGCAUCAACUAUACAACUGCUUUCGCAGUCAGUUUCAUCUUCAAUAAGGUCAUCAAAGGCCGCAGGCCGCACUGGUGGGCGAAGUACAACUACGUGCUGUCCGCUGCACUCGACUCUGGUGUCGCUGUUGCCGCAAUCCUGAUAUUCUUCGCGCUGAUCUUUCCCGGAGUCAGCUUGAGUUGGUGGGGAAAUACCGUCAACAGCGGGACAGUUGACGCAAAGGGAACACCCUGGAAAGAAUUGGGUCUGAAUGAGACAUUUGUCCGCAAACUCCUCUUCAUCUCCUUUCAAACGCACCAAUGGUCCUUGCAGCAUGAAACUGGCCAUGUAAAGGGUCCCCAUCACGCCGAAAUUCGGAUGCCACGUAAAAAGGCUGCAGACCGUGUGGGUCCGGUCAAGACCCGAACCCGCAGCGGUUGCAAGGAGUGCCGCGCGAGUCGCGUCCGCUGCGACACUCAGAAACCGGUUUGCACCCGAUGCCGGGACAAGGGUCUCGUAUGCUCCACGGAGCUGGUGCUUAAAUGGGAGUCGGAGUUUUUGAGCCGGGGCCUGGCGUUUGGCCGAGCGGGUGUUUGGAGUAAGUCCCGCUCCGCUGGCACGGAGUCUCGAGGGGCGGCGACGGCGUCGUUGUCGGUUGAGGAGAACGAGUGGUGCGAGUAUCCUGCUGUUGAAAGCUGGGGGUUUGUGAACAGUGGUGUUUCGACCUUUGAGAACCCCCGCCAGGUGAAUGUUGCCUGUGAUGAGUUGAAUGGUAUCCUGGUUCGUGCGAAGGACAGGGAGUUGGUGUAUGGGGGUGUCGGGUCGCCUUCGUCGGUGGUUGUUGCUGACGACGGCUGGAUUGCACGAGAGGCGUUGAGCCCGCCAGCUUCGCUGUCGCUGUUUCCGAAUAUUCCAGAGUCGAGCCAGACGCACUUGUUUGAUUACUAUCUUCAGCAAGUGUGUCCGCGGACGACAGCCAGUUCGAAACUUGCCUCACCUUUUGCCUCCGUCAUUCUCCCGUUCUGCUUGUCUGCGUCGCCGACCCUGUUCAAAGCUAUUCAAGCGCUGGGAGCUUGCCAUUGGUCGCGCUUCGAUCCGGCAUACAGCGUUGUCGGCCUCCGUUUGAAGUCUGAAGCUUUGCGAGGUCUCCGCCACAGACUCGCUACCGAGGGGUCAUUGACAUGUUCGGGUGACCCUGAAGUCUUGGUUAUUAUGAUGAUGCUCUGUCUAUACGAGAUUGUGGACAAUUGUGACCAGCGGUGGACGAUACACUUGAAAGGCGCAAAGGAGUUGAUUCGCGCCAGGAGACAAGAACAGGUGGCACUGGCAAGGUCUCGGAAAUCCCAAGAUCCUGUCUCUGCCUUUGCUGAGCUCUUCUUCGCUUUCCAGGAUGUUAUGGGCCGGACUGCCUGUGGUGAGGAGGUCCUUUUCGGGACAGAUUACUGGGAAGAGAGCGAGCAGAAAAUCGACUUGUGGAUGGGAUGCAGCCCGGAACUUGUGUCAAUCUUAUCAUCCAUCACCGAGCUUAGCCGGACGAGACGGCAACUUACGUCCGAUUCCGCUCGGGCUGCGUUUGCCCUUCGCGCAGCGUCUCUGGGGCGUAGACUGGAGACUCUCGUACAAGAAAUUGAUGAUGACGAAGAUGAAAUGCUCAAGUCAGCUGCGGAGCUCAAACGAUUGGCUGCAGUGCUCUAUCUUCAUUGUGCAUUAUACGGCUCCUCACCAUCCACCCCUUUGGUCAUUGGUUACGUGAAACGGAUUCUACGACUGGUCUCGGAAUUACUCGAUUCUCGAUCCCUGGUGAGCAUGACAUGGCCUGUCUUUGUGGCCGCGGUGGAACUGGACCCAGUUCGCGACGAACUAUGGUCUGAUCCUACGACUAAGACUGUGGUAUAUGGACGGUCGCUAGUUCUACGAGCGCUGGCAGCGAUGGCUGAAUCGAGCGUUUCGAAUGUCGCUCGCACAAGGGCUGUCAUUGUCAAGGUCUGGCAAGCUCGGGAUAGUGACAUGCUGAAAGGCUCGCCUGUGGACGUAGCAAAUGAUCACACGAGCUGCAAUGACUGGGAGUGGUAUGUUGCCCCAGUCAGUACAGCCAUGAGUCUGGCGUGA